AUGGCCGCAAACACAAUCACCGUUACCCUACCUCAGAUUGCCAAAAUGAUCGACCACUCCCUUCUCCACCCGACCAUGACUGAUGCCGACAUCCUCUCCGGUCUCAAAAUUGCCAAGGAGGCAAAUGUGGCCACUGCUUGUGUCAAGCCAUACCUCAUCCCCCUCGCAAAGAGAGAGCUUGCCGGAAGCGACGUACAGGUCUGCCCUGUCAUCGGAUUCCCCCAUGGAAACAGCACCACCGAGAUCAAAGUUACUGAAGCAAUUGCCGCUGUUGAGUGCGGGGGCACUGAGAUCGACAUGGUCAUCAACAUCGGCAAGGCCCUCGGCGGUGAUUGGGAAUAUGUUGCUCAAGAAAUCGACGCGAUCAAUCGCGCAGUCGUCAGUCGCGGUGCUAUCCUCAAGGUCAUCUUUGAAAAUGACUACCUUCAGUCUGAGCACAUCAUUCAACUUUGCAAGAUCUGCACUACGCUUGAAGUCGCCUUCGUCAAGACCUCGACUGGGUACGGAUUUGUGAAGCAGAGUGACGGUUCCUACAAUUACCUCGGUGCUACAGUAAGAGAUCUUAAGCUUAUGCGUGAGAAUUCUGGCCCCAAUGUUCAAAUCAAGGCUGCUGGAGGUGUUCGUACCCUCGACGAUUUGCUGCACGUCAUGAGCCUCGGUGUCACCCGUAUUGGGGCAACAGCAACAAUCGCAAUUUUGGAUGCUGCUAAGGCCCGGGGAAUUGGAAAUGAGCCGGUGUCUGUAUCCUUUAAACCUAUGGCAGAGAAGGCAGGUGGGUAUUGA